GACAUAUAAGCUUGACACAGACUCUCGGAGCGCACAGACAGUGAAUCGACGGAAGCAGUGAGGUCUGGGAAGUGUGUAAACAAAAAAAAACAAUUAGAAAAAAUAUGUUGCGUUAUCUUUGCUUUUUGGCGGCAGUUUUGGGCGCGAAGUCUGCUUCCGCCCCGUUCAUCCAGCAGUGCAAGACGGACGACAACGCCUGCUUGCUCGCCUCGGCGAAUGCUGCUGUGCCGUUCAUCGCCCCUGGUAUCCCGGAGCUGCAGAUCGGUUCUCUGGACCCGCUACUGCUGCCGCUGGUGGAGGGAGACCAGAACGGACUCAAGCUCACGUUCAAGGACACCACGGUGACCGGCAUGAAGGGGUGCGCGGUGGACGCUAUCAAACACGACGUGAAGAAGGGCAAGCUGGCGGCCACCAUCCGCUGCAGCGUGGUGCUGCGCGGCGACUACAAGAUGUCGGGCCGCAUGCUGGUGCUGCCGAUAUCGGGAGAGGGCAAGCACGUCAUCAAGAUACGAGACAUCAUCAUCAAGGCGUACGCUGACUUCGUGACGGCACCCGGGGCUGACGGCAAGCCGCACUGGCACAUCACCGACUGGCACCACACCUUCACCGUUAAGACCAACACGCACUUCAAGUUUGAGAACCUCUUCAAUGGAAACAAACUGCUUGCGGAGCCAGUAGCUCAGUUCGCGAACUCCAACUGGCGCUCCGUGAUGCAGGAGCUGGGGCCGCCCGUGGUGCACGCCAUCGUCUCCCGCACCGUGGACUCCGUGGAGGCGCUGUUCAAGGCGGUGCCGGCCGACGAACUCGCUCUAGCUUGAUACGACCUCGAACCAGUGUUAGGAUCAUUUUUGCUAAUAAAAACGUUGAAAAUU